AAAUACUCUGGUCCCCCAUAAAGGCUGAGUGACUAAUCUGAGUUCUCAAUUUUCAAAUUGGAGUUGACAAAACCUGCCCAUCAACAUGCAGGAGUCCAUUUGAAGCAGGAGCUUGGCACUGUGAACAUUACAUCCUAUGGAGUAGCCUAGACUGGUAGAGCGGCAGACCAAUCUAACACUGGAUUUUUUUUCUCCUUUGCUUUGUUUUGAGAAGACAAAGGAGAUGCAGUCUCUUGCCCAGGAAAUCAAGACAUUUUCCAAGACCAAUUUGAGAAAGCAAUGCACCCGCGUGACGACGUUGAGCGGCAGGAGGAUUAUUGAGACAUGGAAAGGGUCGACUAUACAUGUUGUAGAGGAUAAAAGUCAGCCUGAGACAGCAUGCGGCUAUGUACAGGACAACAGCUGGGACGUACAAGUUGGAGUUAUUAAACCUUAUUUACUAUUAGGCUCACAAGAUGCUGCACAUGACUUUGGCACUUUGAGAAAAUAUAAGGUGUCCCACAUUUUGAAUGUAGCCUACGGUGUUGAAAACGCAUUUCCAGACCUGUUCAUUUAUAAAACACUGAGCAUUCUGGAUGUUCCUGAUACUGACAUAACAUCCUAUUUCCAAGAGUGCUCAAAAUUCAUAGACCAAGCAAAUGCAGAGAAAGGAGUUGUGUUGGUUCACUGCAAUUCUGGAGUCUCGAGGUCAGCCUCGGUCGUCAUUGGGUACCUGAUGUCCACAGAAGGAAAGCCUUUCAAUGAUGCGUUUACCUUGGUGAAAUCGGCUCGGCCAGCCACGUGCCCAAACCCAGGGUUUCUUGAACAGUUGAAAGGUUUCAAACCGAAAGGGGGCAUAGAAGCCAAUGGUGUGGGCUAUGCAUGAGCAACAACAGCAACACCUCCAGGGCCAGAGUAAUGCAUUUCAUCAUCAGCCACUGUUUCUCACAAGGAGGCCAUUCUGAUGUGUCCAAAAUGGUGCCCUAUUUUCCUAUACAGUAUAAUGCGCUGGGGCCCUGGUCAAAAGUAGUGCAACAUAUAGGGAAUAAGAUGUCAUUUUGGAUCUUACUAUGUCCCCUAAUACCCAAGGUACCCCAACAUCAUGUUUAGGUGUUCAUUUGACGCCAUUUUUUCAAAAGCCCUACAAUGCCCUGUCAAUAUACACUGUGGGUCCAGUUUUAUUCAAUAGUUAAACAUCUCUGUUAUCAAUUUCUAUAAACCACUGAGGGUGGUAAUGAGGCCACAAUGGAAUUUAAGAAAGGUAUAAAUAUACAAUUUCCAACUUGAUGAACCAUGUCUGUACAACAAUUCUUAAGUUCAUUUUGAGUCUUUCCUUUUUUGUACCAAAAUGUGUGAGGUGAAAGUUAGAGAAAACUUGACUAAACUGUAUUAUUUAAUAUAGUUUUAAUGUUGUUAACUUAUAUCUUGGUUUAAGAAAUAUUAUGGACAUCCUUACUUUGUCUUAACAUAUUAUUUAUUGCAUGUUGGGAUGUUAUCUAUGGCAAGGGAUUUCAGAAACGUUCCUUGCCCAGGGUCCCCCACCCAUGCAAACCGACAACCCCGGGACCCCCAUCAUUUGUUAGCAAAAAGUAAAAUAAUGUCUUGUCUUAUCAUUAGGUGAAUGAUAAUUGCAAGUAUAAGUAAUCAAUUUUAAAUUAAUAGAUUUGGUUUGGACUGUUUAAUUAUUUUAACCUAGCCGCAGUUCAUUGCAAGUGUAAACUCGACUCAACUUGCUGUUGUGAAGCAAAUUUUCUGCAACUCUACAUGUUUUUCCAUUGAGUUGAGAGAACAUUUAGCAGAUUUGAAGCUAAUUUCCAGCAAUUCUAUGCAUUUUGCCGUGGCUACCGCUGUGUGCUUCUCAAAUAUUAUUAAAUCAAUGUGCAUGUGCCCUGGAAUUUUCGAUUCUCCCUGACUGUCUAGCUUUUAUUUGAUUGUUAGUUCUCAAAGAUGCUACUACUUAAAACUAUACAUAGUUCAAUAUCUUUUCUGCAUGCUUUCUAUCUAGUUUAAGUUGACACUGAAACUGUUUUUCCAUUCUGAAACGGCGGCCUAAGAAUUUUCUAUACAGAAAAAACCCUGGUAAUUAGCAUCAUAUUAAAGGAAUAAUUCGAGAUUAUGACUAUGAAGCCCUUUAUCUACUUCCCCAGAGUCAGAUGGUAGCAUACUAGCUAGCAUGCUAACGGUUCCUGUAGACUUCCAGUUAUUGUGCUAACGGUAGUUAGCAUUGGCUCGUGAAAUUACCUCUAACGUCCUCCAUACUGGACGCAGAGACUUAACAAUAGUAUCCACGAUGGUAUUCUGUUGUAGCAGCGAUAUUCAUAAAAAAUAUUUUUUUCACAUAAAAUCCCCAAAAAUAUUUCCCCCAAAUUUGAAAACCCCUGAUCUAUGCGACGUUGAAUAAACUAAGAUAAUAAUAUAGUGGAGGCUAGAUUUUUUGUUGUUGUUGUAACAGACAUGCAUUAUUUUUUAUGUUAUUAUUAUAAGUUUUAAAUGUUGUUGUUUUUUAUUGCAAAAAAAAUUACUCUGAUUGUGGGUGUUUGAAAUAUGAUGUUUAUUAAUGUUAAAUUCUUUUAUAUGAACAUGUUUGAUAAAAUGUUAUGAACUCUUGUUCUAGAAUGUACACAUAUAAUUAUUCUAGUUACUUAUUCUUCCAUACUCAAUGUAGGCUAGGCUACUGCUAACAUUUACAACAUAAGAUGUGUUUCGGGAACUAGUGUGAAUUGCGUUGUCAAGAACCUGUUGAUUAAUGCAGAAAUGCACCCUUUGGAUCAAUGUGUGUGUGUAAAUUCAGAAUAUGUUUGAAUAAAAUAUUGCU